AUGCUUUUGAGAGCUUUGGAAUCAAUUUCCCAGCAAGAACAAGAAGAACUUAUAAAUCAUGGUAUCGCUCAAUACAUCAAACGUUUUGAAAUUAUAAAUCUAAAUGCUGAGGAAAAAUUCACCACAGAAUUGAAAAGUCUGAAGGAAAUAUUUGAAUACACUUUGAAUACUAGUAAUUUUGAAAAAAAGAAACAUUUAUUGGAGACAUUUCAGGAAAUAUUACCCUUAGAAUUUGCAGCAUUUGUGAAAGAGAAAUUGGCCAAACAGAAGUUAAAUGAAAAUAUACGUAUUGCUAAAUUCUAUUUAGUGCAUAUGUAUAACGAUCUAAAGGACUUGGGCUUAGAUAAUGAGGCCCUUAAUUUACAAUAUAUUUUGGAGAGCAUUUAUCAAAUUAAAGAUUUACGCGAAAAACGUUUAAUGUAUAAUUAUGUUAUUAGCAACUUAUCGACAGAUUUUCAGGAUAUAUUGGAUCAUCAGCCCAUGCAUGAAGUUUUACUUAAGGCUCAUUUGAACUUUCUGCUACAUUUUAUAGUCCAUGUUACUCUCUUAACGGAUGCGGAGCAAUACGACGAGGACUUGGCUCUAUUAGGUGAACAACUUUACGUGACUUUAAAAAAUGAUAACGUUCAGGAGAAAUUGAGUUUUUUAGAAAAGUUUAAUGAUGUUUCCACAAAAUUUGGCAGAAUGUUGCAGCAACUUUUUAUCGAGUAUAAAAUUGACAAUUUUGGAAAUUGA